UCGUGCGCAACUACUACAGUUCACCACCGAGUGUUUCCAAGUGAAUGCGCUCGCUCCCUCGCUCUGCCAAGUUCCCGUUCUCCUUCUCCUCCUCCACCUCUUUUGCUCUUUUUCAACGCUUCCGUACAGUCUAUUUAAUACGCAGAUUCUCUGAGCCCGAAUUUUUUUUCAAGCUGCGGAGGCAUUGAGAUGCGUUCGCCACUUCCGCAUUAGCAGUCUCCUUUUCUCCGUCCUGCUCAUUUUGCAUUCACAUUCCCCCGCAUUCGCAAUUUGCAAGGCCGAUAAGGUGAAAGCAUGAGGGAGAGAUUAGGCGGCGGCCUCACACCUCUACAGAUUCUGCUAGCGAUUCUUUGAAAAUUAGAAUGGGUUUAUUGGUUUCAUGUUGGUACAUCAACUAAGCUAAGCUCAGCAGGUUUAAAAGUCUCCUAUUGCAGCUCAAUUCUUGGUGAUGAACACAAUGCUUUAGUUUCAAUAGAGAGAAGUGCUGUGACUCCAGAUAUCUCGCCCAGUGCAGAACCUCAACCUUUUCUCCCUAGUUUAGCUCCUUCACCAUUGAUGCCAUUCACGAAUGCCACUGUGCCGAAAUUAUCAGGACUUUGCAGCUUGAAUUUUUCAGCGGCACAAAGCAUCAUGAGUAUGACAGCAACGGACUGUUGGGCUUCAUUUGCGCCAUAUUUAGCUAAUGUGGUAUGUUGUCCUCAGUUUGAUGCCACGCUGGUCAUUCUCAUGGGGCAGUCCAGUAAAAACUCUGGGAUGCUUGCUUUAAAUGCAACUCAUUCCAACCAUUGCCUCUCAGAUGUUAUAACAAUCCUAGAGGCUCAAGGUGCCAAUGGAACUCUUCAAAGCAUAUGCUCUGUUUCUCCUGCGAACCUCACCGCAGCCUCUUGCCCUAUCAUUGAUGUCAAUGAGUUUGAGAGCAGCGUGGACACCUCAAGACUUCUAACUGCUUGUGAAAAAAUCAAUCCUGUCAAGGAGUGCUGUGACCAAACUUGCCAAAACGCAAUUUUAGAUGUGGCCCAAAAACUAUCCUUGAAUGGCAUGUCGAGUUCGGAUGGGAUUCCUAUCUCAGCUGAGCACUCAAAUAGCGUUGAUGAUUGUAAGAAUAUUGUCCUGCGAUGGUUGGCAAGUAAACUGGAUCCCUCCUCCGCUAACAGUGUCCUUAGAGGCCUCUCUAAUUGCAAUACAAACAAAGUUUGUCCUCUGAAAUUCCCAAACAUAACGACUCUUUCCAAAGAAUGUGAGGGACUCAUAAAUAACCAAACAGAUUGCUGUGAAGCAAUGGAGAGCUAUGUUUCGCACUUACAGGAGCAGAGCUUCCUAACCAACUUGCAAGCAUUGAAUUGUGCUGUGUAUCUUGGAAUGAAAUUGCAGCAAGCCAAUGUCUCAAAGAAUCUCUAUAAUCUUUGUCAGAUAAACCUCAAGGAUUUCUCUCUUCAAGCUUUAUCGCAAGAAUCUGGCUGUCUUCUACCAAGCCAACCUUCAGAUGCGACAUUUGACCAAAUGUCAGGAAUAAGCUUCAUGUGUGAUCUCAACGACAACAUUGCAGCUCCGUGGCCGUCCUCCACUUCUAUUGUACCUUUGCCUUCUUGCAACAAAACUAGCAAAAUUCCGGCUCUUCCCAAAGCAUCAUCUGCGCACUGUGGCGCUUGCAUCGAAAAAUUACUGGUGAUGCUGCUAUUCGCAACCUCGCUGUUUCUCAAGAUGCCUCCUUGAACUUGUUGCCACCACUUUGAUUUUCCUAGCCGCCAUUCGAGCUCUUCCGUAGAUAGGAGUUUAUUCUCAUCUUAUAUGUCCCUCCGAAGUUGGAGGACGAAGAAAUCAUACUUAGAAACGACUGUGCAAGACAGGGAAAUGUAUCGGCAAGCCCAAUGCUUGACAUCUUCAUUCUUUACCAGGCAACCUCUGUAACUUUAAUAGCAUUUAGGAAAAAGGGCAUGAGGGAGCACAAUUCUUCUGGCUCCACACAAUAAAUGCUGUAACAAGAAACUCAUAUACAAGUGAAAAAGAUGCUGUAAUUCUCCUCUUUACAUCGAUUUACUUUCUGUUUUUCA